AUGGACGGUGUUGUGUUACCAUCGACAACAACUACACCGCCCAACAGCCAAACCUCUGGAUCUAUUGUCUUAAACCUCCCAUAUGAGCUGCGGCAACGAAUACUACGCUAUGCUACACACCGCCACGAAGGCUGGUUCGACAUCCAAAGCACCAAAGUCUCGCAGGACAUGAAGUUCCGAUCCGGCUCGCUCUGUGCCAUCUUCGCCGUGUCUCGCAGCCUCAGGGAUGAAGCUCUGGAAGCAUUUUACUCGAUCAACUCAUUUCUAUGGACCAUAGAGGUCGACAACGAAACACGAUCGGAUCCAUGUGACUACCCAAAACAUUCGAGCGAGGCACAAGCAGAUCGUGAGGCAUGGCGCAACGUGUUACCCACACUAUUGAGCACUCUCUGCGAGAAGAUGGACGGCGGUCGGCGGCUUCGAACACUAUGGAUCAAGAUCACAACGAAGAGAAUACAGAGAAGACCAAUCUGGUUCAAUGCCGAUCAGCAAGCUGCCUUACAGGUUCUUUGGGACUUUCAAGUGCGCGGCAAAGCGAAAGUGUUCUCGGCGAGUGCCUACCGCGCGGCCAUCAAACCUCUGGACCUGGAACACAAGAUGAAAGCUUAG